UGGGGGGCCGACCAGGAGCCGGCUGAGGAGGAUGGGGGCCGCCCACGCGUUCCUCUUGUGAGGAGGCCGAGGGGCGCGCCACCCCAUCCCGGGGCGGCCGCCCCCGGGGCGCCGCCAUCCCCGCCCGGCCCUGCGGUCGUGGCUGGGGAUGCGGAGCCGGGGGCCGCCGGUGGAGCUGCGCGGGGUGAGAGGCGCGGGGAGGGGCGGCCGCUUGCUGCCCUCGGCCUCGGCCUCCGCCGGCGGGCCCCGCUCAACCCGGCCCUCCUUGUGCCCUGACAUCUUUGGGGACAGGUGAACCUAUCGCCUCUCCUGCACAGGCAAAUCCGAGGGGACGGUCCUGUCCUUUGCAAAAGGUGUUUUUUAGGGUUUUGUUUUUUUUUUAAUUCCUUCGCUCCAGCGGAGGCCCUCCCCCCAGCCAUGGUCCCCAGGAACCCCCCGGGGUCCGCAGGGACGGUCUCCCAUCCCGGCCUCCCGGCCCCGCGCUUAGCAUUCCGCGGGCAGCCUGCGUGAAGCGGCCUCCCGCAGCCCCCGGCCCCUCCCCCAUGGAGGAGGAGGAGGGGGCGGCGGCCAGAGAGUGGGGCGCGACCCCCGCGGGGCCAGUGUGGACAGCCGUGUUCGACUACGAGGCGGUGGGCGACGAGGAGCUGACCCUGCGGAGAGGCGACCGCGUCCAGGUGCUUUCCCAGGACUGUGCGGUGUCUGGAGAUGAGGGCUGGUGGACAGGGCAGCUGCCCAGCGGCCGUGUGGGCGUCUUCCCCAGCAACUACGUGGCCCCCGCUGCCCCCGCCGCACCCACAGACCUCCAGCUGCCACAGGAGAUCCCCUUUCACGAGCUGCAGCUGGAGGAGAUCAUCGGUGUGGGGGGUUUUGGCAAGGUCUAUCGCGCCCUAUGGCGUGGAGAGGAAGUAGCGGUCAAGGCCGCCCGGCUGGACCCUGAACGGGACCCGGCAGUGACAGCGGAGCAGGUGCGCCAGGAGGCCCGGCUCUUUGGAGCCCUGCAGCACCCCAACAUCAUUGCCCUGAGGGGCGCCUGCCUCAGUCCCCCGAACCUCUGCCUAGUGAUGGAAUAUGCUCGGGGAGGCGCAUUGAGCAGGGUCCUGGCAGGUCGCCGGGUCCCCCCUCAUGUGCUGGUCAACUGGGCUGUGCAGGUGGCUCGGGGCAUGAACUAUCUACACAAUGAUGCCCCUGUGCCCAUCAUUCACCGGGACCUCAAGUCCAUCAACAUGACGGUCUCCGUCUUGCAUUUGGUAUUUCCAAGGCCAGAGUAUGCACAAGGGGGCUCCACAGCAAAUGAGGCCUGCACUUCCCUGCCCUCAAUCCUAAUCCUGGAGGCCAUUGAGAACCACAACCUCGCUGACACGGUGCUCAAGAUCACAGACUUCGGCCUUGCCCGAGAGUGGCACAAGACGACCAAAAUGAGUGCGGCGGGGACCUACGCCUGGAUGGCUCCUGAGGUUAUCCGCCUCUCCCUCUUCUCCAAAAGCAGCGAUGUCUGGAGCUUCGGGGUUCUUCUCUGGGAGCUGCUGACCGGGGAGGUCCCCUACCGAGAAAUCGACGCCUUGGCCGUGGCUUACGGUGUGGCUAUGAACAAGCUGACGCUACCCAUCCCCUCCACGUGCCCCGAGCCCUUUGCCCGCCUACUGGAGGAAUGCUGGGACCCAGACCCUCACGGGCGACCAGAUUUUGGCAGCAUCCUGAAGCGGCUGGAGGUCAUCGAGCAGUCAGCCCUGUUCCAGAUGCCCCUGGAGUCCUUCCACUCGCUGCAGGAAGACUGGAAGCUGGAGAUUGAGCACAUGUUCCAUGACCUUCGGACCAAGGAGAAGGAGUUGCGCAGCCGGGAAGAGGAGCUCCUGCGGGCCGCACAGGAGCAGCGCUUUCAGGAAGAGCAGCUGCGGCGACGGGAGCAGGAGCUGGCAGAGCGAGAGAUGGACAUCGUAGAACGCGAGCUGCACCUGCUCAUGAGCCAGCUGAGCCAGGAGAAGCCCAGGGUCCGCAAACGCAAGGGCAACUUCAAGCGCAGCCGCUUGCUCAAGCUACGGGAAGGAAGCAGCCACAUCAGCCUGCCCUCUGGAUUUGAACAUAAGAUCACCGUGCAGGCCUCUCCCACCCUGGACAAGAGGAAAGGAUCCGAUGGGGCCAGCCCCCCUGCCAGCCCCAGCAUCAUUCCCCGGCUGAGGGCCAUUCGAUUGACUCCCAUGGACUGUGGCGGCGGCAGUGGCAGUGGAACAUGGAGCCGCAGUGGGCCACCAAAGAAGGAAGAGCUGGUUGGGGGCAAGAAGAAAGGCAGGACGUGGGGCCCCAGCUCCACUUUGCAGAAAGAGCGAGCCGGAGGAGAGGAGAGGCUCAAGGCCCUGGGGGAAGGCAGCAAGCAGUGGUCCUCCAGCGCCCCCAACCUGGGCAAAUCCCCUAAGCACACGCCCAUGGCGCCAGGCUUCGCCAGCCUCAAUGAGAUGGAAGAAUUUGCGGAGGCAGAUGAAGGCGAUGUGCCCCCUUCCCCCUACUCCACCCCGUCCUACCUCAAGGUGCCUCUGCCCGCCGAGCCCUCUCCUUGCGUUCAGACGGCUUGGGAGCCGCCAGCUGCGACCCCCUCCCGGCCAGGACACGGAGCCCGGAGGCGCUGCGACCUGGCGCUGCUAAGCUGUGCCACGCUGCUGAGCGCGGUGGGUCUGGGCGCCGAUGUGGCCGAGGCACGGGCCGGGGACGGCGAGGAGCAGCGGCGCUGGCUGGACGGGCUCUUCUUCCCGCGCCCUGGCCGCUUCCCUCGGGGGCUCAGCCCAACCGGGCGCCCAGGAGGUCGCCGCGAAGACACCACCGCGGGCUUGGGCCUGGCCCCCUCGGCCACCCUGGUGUCAUUAUCCUCUGUAUCCGAUUGUAACUCUACGCGAUCAUUGCUGCGCUCCGACAGUGACGAGGCUGCCCCCGCCGCACCCUCCCCUCCGCCCUCUCCGCUCGCGCCCUCUCCGGGUACCAACCCUCUAGUGGACGUGGAGCUGGAGAGCUUCAAAAAGGACCCCCGUCAGUCGCUCACGCCCACCCACGUCACUGCCGCCCACGCCGUGAGCCGUGGACACAGGCGGACGCCAUCGGAUGGGGCUUUGAGACAGCGGGAGCCUCCGGAGCUCACCAACCACGGUCCUCGAGACCCCCUGGACUUCCCUCGACUGCCCGACCCCCAGGCCCUGUUCCCCACCCGGCGUCGGCCCCUGGAAUUCCCCGGCCGCCCUACCACCCUCACCUUUGCCCCAAGACCCCGGCCAGCUGCCAGCCGCGCCCGUCUGGACCCCUGGAAACUGGUGUCGUUUGGCCGGACACUGGGCUUCUCGCCGCCGCCGCCGAGCGGGCCAGACACUCCAGAGAGCCCGGGGCCCCCCAGCGCGCAGCCCACACUGCUGGACAUGGACAUGGAGGGCCAGAGCCAGGACAGUACUGUGCCCCUGUGUGGGGCCUAUGGCUCUCACUGAGACCCGCCCGCCACCCGCCUGGGCAGCCAUGAAUGUAGCGCCCCAGGCCCCGCCACAGCCCACCAUUUGCCAAGGUGGGGGAGGCCCUGGGCAGGAUACUCACUCUAUUUAUUGGGGAAGGGGGGAGGGGAGGACACUUAAUUUAUUCCUUUGUACCCCGGGUUGUGGAGCUCUGAGCCCAACCUGCUGUGGGGAGAGGGUGGGCAGGGAUACUCAGGGACAGGACAUUGUGGGGAUUUGGCACAAAACGCAGCAUUAAAGGUAACCCCUGCCCCCA